GGGGGAAGCUAAACGGUUUUGUCCUGAAGUGUAGGGAGUGCAGGUGCUUCAAGGAAUGAAAAUAACGAGCCUUCAGUCAUAAAUCACAACCCGUUCUUCUAAAACUACCACAUAAACGUUUUUUUCCAGGUCCUGGCUGCUCUAUACCAGUAAAGUUGCUGGCUUGACAGGGGGUUACUAAUUGGAAUUACCGGAAGUUUUGAUGUGUAAUUAAUCAAAAGACACGAGGACGUUGUCAAAGUUCGGGACCUGAGUUCAAAGGCCUGCCACGUAAAGGCCGUUGCAGAUACUUUAGGCAGCGAGUCACACGCAGACAGCGAGGCCAGAGGAGGAAAGGGUAGGUCAGGCUUCAAGAGCAGGAUCAGAUUUCCUUGGUUGUGCUCAAACCUUGCUCGGUCUGAGACAACGUGAGCUUCGUGAGCUUCGUUAGCCCUCUGACAUCUUGUGCUGACUACUCGUGGGAUGUCCAAAGGACAGAUCUCUUGUGUGAUGUGAAUGUACCAGGUUGUCCUCAUGAGUACUCCAGUGGAGAAUGUCCAUGAUCUUCUUUGCCUGCGUGGUGCGGGUGAGGGACGGGCUUCCCCUCUCAGCCUCCACAGAUUUUCAUUUCAACCAGGACUUUCUGGAAUGCAGGAAAAGAUUAAAGGCGUUGUCGUCGAUUCUGGCCCGGUAUCCAAGUCGAGGCACGGCAAAAGGACGUGACCUCAGCAUCCAUUUCCUUUCUUCUGGGGAUAUUGCCUGCAUGGCGAUCUGUUCCAGCAAUUACUCAACCGUCAUGGCGUUUUGCUUCCUGGAAGAGCUUCAGUGGGAAUUUGCUGCUUCCUAUGAUACAACCAGCAUCAGUUUAGCUUCCAGACCAUAUGCUUUUCUGGAAUUUGAUAACGUCAUUCAGAAAGUAAAAUGGCAUUUUAACUGUGCGAGCAGCUCUCAAGCAAAGGUCAACUGGGAGAAGGUCGAGGAGGAGAUGAAGUUCCAGCCCCCGGUGGAGCUGAAGCUGGAGGACACGGAGCUGAUGAACGGGAUGGCUAACGGUGGGCACGCAGAAGUUCAUGUGGAGGUUGUCCCUACCUACAGAAUGCAGCGUGUGACUCCCCUGGGGAUCCUGUCCCUUGUUCUGAACAUCAUGUGUGGGGCUUUGAAUCUCAUUCGAGGAGUUCACCUAGCAGAACAUUCAUUUCAGGAGGACCAUGAAGUAAUUGGAAACGUGAUAGCUUUUUUUCUACCUUUUCUAGCCUGUGUUUUUCAGUGUUACUUGUACCUAUUCUACAGCUCGACGAGGAAAGUGAAGACAUUUAUACUCUUUUUCUCCGUCUGUUUAUGCAACGUUUACUUGUACGGAUUACGGAACGUCUGGCAAAUAGCCUUUCACAUAGGAGUGGCAUCUCUAUCUUCCUACCAAAUACUGACAAGGCAACUCAUGGAGAAACAGCCUGACUAUGGAGUAUGAAAAAGACUUUGGGUUUGCUAUUCUCUUUUUACAGCUCUUUUUUGUAUUAAAACAGGCAAAAAUAGCUUGGAGUAUUUUUAAAGACUUGUGACAGUGGUUAUUGCGAGGAGGGUGUCUCAAAGCAACCUGAAAGGAGGUAGGAUCCUGUAGUAAUGUCAAACACACAGUGAAGGAUUUAGCUGUAUUCAACAUGGCAUGUGGUGAUUGUGCAUGGUAGGUUUUGUUAGGUGUCGUCAGCGGAUGGAGGUUCACCAUAAAACAGGCUCUUACUCCUUGACUGCUACCACCUAGACAGCAUUUUGCCAUUUGUCUUACUGGCUCUGUUAACAGUUUGGCAGGUCGAUGUCUUGGCGUGGAAAUGCUUCUGAAAAGACUAAAAUUGUAUUGUAAAGUGAAGAUAAAGUGGUGGGUAACACUUCUGUCUGGAGACUCUUGGUAAGUGUAAGUAAAGGAGUAGUUUGCCAUAGUUAGACAAGUUUCAUUAUCAAUGGGAAAAAAUGUUAGGGUGAGGUUCAGGAUAUUUUUUUCUGGGUUUUGAAGGAAAGGAAAAGGCUGUGGCUCCUUUAAAAACCAUACAGGUUUUAACUAUUUCCUGGCUAUACAGCGCAUUGUAGUUAAGUACGUGCUUGUUGGUUAAUUACAAAUGUGCUUGGGGCAGCAUAAAAUAAACCAAGGGGAUAUUAGUGACCUUUCAGCUCAGGUGGCCUUUAUUUCCCUGGUUAAGGUCACUCUUACUGUAAGGGCGGUUCCAUGUUUGCUUGGUCUGUACAGAUAAUAAAUCUUCCAAGCCUACUUACGACAGGCCACCGACUCCUUCACCUUUAGAAAAACGAAUAGCUGGUGAGUGGAAAGCCAUCUCCAGUAAUGGAGAGCAAGAGCAGGUUCUCUUUAUUAUAUAAAACACCUUCAGUUAACGGUGUUGAGUUCUUACCCUAAGAAGAAUUUAUGGGUGUGCACUUUUGAAUAUAGUACUUAGGAGCUGAAUUUCUUAACCUCUGCUGCACUGGGUAUUCUUGAAAGUGAUAUACCGAGGUGCACAAGGGCAUUUUAGCAGGUAUACGAAUACUUUAGGCUGCCUGUGUUUAAAAAAUGCAUAGCAUUUUGAUGCAGCUGGCCCUGAAGGAUUGUGAAGAUUCAAACUGAGAUGAUGUAGGGAACUGUAGGAGUGUUAUUGUCCCACUGUGGUCCUAGAUUUCUUUAUUUUUAUAAUUUUUUUCUGGUGACCCCAUUUCCUUCACCAACAGUCUCUCACCAAAGACUUAUUUUUCUCUUGCAUAGUUUCUACCUCUAGUGGUUGCAAGGAGCUUAACACAAUGCAGCGUUGUCUUUCUGAGUUUGCAGAAAUGCUUAACAAAAUUAUUUCCUUACAUCUCGGUACAUUUUCCUGAAAUC